AUGGCGAGGAGACCCAACAUCCUGCUCACAGGUGCUGUCCUGGAGGUGGCCGGACUCAGACGUGGCCACGGGACCCCUGGCGUUGGGAAAACAACCCUGGGGAAGGAGCUGGCCCAGAGGAGCGGCCUGACCUAUGUCAACAUCGGAGACCUGGCCCAGGAAGGGCAGCUGUACGACGGCUAUGAUGAGGAGUACCAGUGUCCUAUUUUGGAUGAGGACAGGGUGGUGGACGAGCUGGAGGAGAAGAUGGAGGAAGGGGGCGUGAUCGUUGACUACCACGGCUGCGACCUGUUCCCCGAGCGCUGGUUCCACAUCGUCUUCGUGCUCCGGACAGACAACACUCAGCUCUACACCCGGCUAGAGGGCAGGGGCUACACGGGGAAGAAGCUGCAGGACAACGUGCAGUGCGAGAUCUUCCAGACCAUCUACGAGGAGGCCAUGGAGGCCUACCGGGAGGAGAUCGUCCACCAGUUGCCCAGCAACACCCCGGAGGACCUGGAGCAGAACCUGGAGCAGAUCUCCUCCUGGACGGAGCGCUGGAUGAAGGAGCACAACUAG